UCUCUCUCUCUCUCUCUCUCUCUCUCCCUCCAGCGGUGAAAGCGUUCAUUAAAGCUGUGGCGUGUGCGCGCAUGUGUGUGUUUACACGUUGUGGAGGAAUGGCUGAAAUUGAAGCGGACGCGUAGAAGCCGCCCGCCCAUUGACGCGCGGAGGUCUUCAUCUCGAUCUCACCAUCAGCAAAAAAAACACAAAACAUAAAACUAGUUGUGCGUUUAUUAUGACGUCAAAGGGGAAAUGUGCGGACGCCGCGCUGGACCUUCUGUUCAUUGAGGAGGGCGACGACGGGUACAGAAACCCCACCGAGCUGAAGAUGAGUCAGAUCGUGCUGCCCUGCCACGCCAACCACUGUGGCGAGCUGAGUGUUGGGCAGCUGCUGAAGUGGAUGGACUCCACCGCCUGCUUGUCCGCGGAGAGACACGCAGGUUGUUCCUGUGUCACCGCGUCCGUGGACGACAUUCACUUUGAACACACCAUCGGGGUGGGAAAGGUGGUCAACAUCAUAGCAAAGGUCAACCGGGCCUUCACGUCCAGUAUGGAGGUGGGCAUAUUGGUGGACUGUGAGGAUCUUUACACCGACAGGCAGUGGAAGGUCUGCCACGCUUUUGCCACCUUCGUCGCCCGACGAACCGAAGCGGGGAAGGUGCAGCUGAAGCAGGUGCUUCCUCGCACGCAAGCGGAGCAGAUGGAGUACAGCCUGGCGGCGGAGCGGAGGAGGAUGAGGCUCAUCCAUGCCGAAAUCAUGAACGACCUGCUGAGCAGCAGCACAGCUCAGCUGGGAGAAUUCCAGGAGUUCCAGGGCGCCGUGCCGGCUGAGCGGACGCGGGUGGAGAGCGUGGAGCUGGUGCUCCCGCCACACGCCAACCAUCAAGUCAGCACCUUCGGGGGCCAAAUCAUGGCCUGGAUGGAGAAUGUGGCUACAAUUGCAGCAAGCCGCUUGUGUAAAGCUCACCCAACCUUGAGGAGCAUCGACAUGUUCCAUUUUCGGGGCCCGUCUCACAUCGGUGACCGACUGGUACUGAAGGCCAUUGUCAACAACAGCUUCAAGCACAGCAUGGAGGUGGGGGUGUGCGCGGAGGCCUACCAGGGUGGAGAACCUCUGCGUCAUAUAAAUAGCGCUUUCAUGACCUUCGAGGUGCUGGACGAGGACCGGAAGCCGCGCACGAUACCACGGAUACGACCUGAGCCUGUGGAUGGGAAAAGACGUUAUCAAGAAGCUGUUGCCAGAAAGAAGAUUCGCCUUGAUAGGAAAUACAUUAUCUCCUGCAAGCAAACUGAAGUGCCCCUCUCUGUACCCUGGGAUCCAAGUAACCAGAUGUACCUGAGCUUCAAUAACGUAACAGCGCUGAAACUAAUGGAUACCAGAAACAACUGGGUCUUAACGUCUGAGAAAAACAAGGUCAGACUGUACACCCUGGAGGAAAACCACGUGCUGUGUUUCAAGGUGGAGAUGCACGUCAGCGUACCGGCAGAGCAGACGUUCCACCUUCUGUCCGACCUGAGGAGAAGGAAGGAGUGGGACCGGAUCUAUGAGGAGUGCGAGGUUAUCAUCCAAGCAGAUGAGGAAGACACCCUGUACCGUGUGACGACACCAUCCGUCAGUAAAGGGGGCAAAGGCCAGGACUUUAUCCUCCUGGCAUCAAGGAGGAAGCCAUGUGACACCAGGGACCCGUAUCUGAUCGCUCUGCGCUCCGUCACCUUGCCCACUCACCUCCCCACGGAGGACUACACCAGGGGAGAGGUGCUCUGUGCGGGCUUCUCCAUCUGGGAAGAGUCCAGCGCUGUCACCAAGAUCACCUACUACAACCAGGCCACGCCGGGCAUCCUCCCCUACAUCUCCACGGACAUCGCCGGUCUGUCCUCCAGCUUUUCGAGCAUCUUCUCCGCCUGCAGGGACUUCCUGGAGGCCAACAAGGACAGCCUGGCUGCCCUGCCGCCCUCGGCGCUGUGACACCGCGCCGCCGCCUUCGUCCCGAUGCACCACCGUCGUGUGGGGGCUCUGAAGGGGCCUGUGGUUGAAUGUAGGCGUCCCACCCAGAGAUUAGAGAACUCAUUUUUUUGCAUAUGUAGUUUUUAGACCUCAGUUCUCACUGUAUGACAUGUGCAAAAUGAGAGAAAUUGUCUUGUUAUGCAAAAGAAAUAGUGUUUACAUUUUUGAACUUGCUACUUGUUUUCAGCAAGAUUAAAAGGUAUGAAGCAAAAGUGCACAAUAGUUACCAUAGGAAUUUUAGCCUUAUAACUUUUAAUAGAUCUAAUUUAUUCCAAAGCCGUCCAUGUGCCGUAUUAAUUAAUCCAGCUAUCCAGCUAUGUAUUUACCACAAUCUCUAAAUCGGUUAUCUUAGAACAGUCCUACAAUGGUACUCUGGUAUAAGUUGUUUCAAUCAACCUCUUUUGUUAUAGUUUAUUUUCUACCUGCCUACAUAAUGUUUUUAAAUUAUUGUAUCGAGACUUCGAAUGACAGUAAACCAAGAUGUACAUUUAGUGUGUAAAGAUGCUGUGUUGAGACGAUGAUGUAUAGUUUUAGAGAACUCUUGCACUGAUUUCGAUGUACUGACGUUAAAUGGCCAAGUAUCUCACAUGUCAAGCGGUCUUGAUUUGAAUUGACACAAUAAAGACUAUUAACCAGUGGA